UAUAUUUUCAUUUAUGAAAAGAUAAUUGAAGGAGGUGCUAGGAGCGUCGGACGUCAAAGGUUGCCACCCAAAAAAGUAUCAUUUACAGCCAUUACCCGUUUCGUCAAAGUUUGCAGAUUGGAUAAUAUGGCUGGUAAUUAUAUAAUCUCGUCUCUGUUGGGAUCAUUUGCUGUUUCAUACGUGUUCUAUCAUCAAGCUGCUGACAAGAAGAUAUUCGGAGGCACAACCCCAAAAACUGUUGCUAACAAGGAAUGGUGGGAAGAAACUGAUAAGAAGUUUCAGAAAUGGCCGCGCACAGCAGGCCCUCCGGUGGUUAUGAACCCCAUCAGCCGCCAGAAUUUUAUCGUCAAAUCCAGGGAAUAGGGAUAAUUAUUCCUGAAGGAAGAUUAUAUUGUAACUUUACGUAUGUAGCUUGUUUAUUAACUCAAAUGUUGCUUUAUCCAGUUAAGUUACAAUGUUCCGUUUGCUAGCUAAUUACAAUCUGCUCUUCUAUCAAAA